AUGGAGAACAACCAAGACGUCCAAGAAGUUUUGAACACGCUGUCAAACUCCAUCUCAGCAAGCGAGUCCUUUGCAUCAUCAAACGAGUCCUUUGCGGCAUCGAUUGCCAAGGCAGCCUCGGCCGUGGCGGCCAUGGAAUCCACGCACUACGCCGAGCAACAGCAGAAGGACCACGAGCAGCUCCAGCGUAUUGCCGCACAGCACCAGCAGGAGGUCCAGCAAGAACAACAACAACAGGUGCAACAACUGAAGGAAGAACAGCAACAUCAACAGCAACAACAACAGGACCAACAGGACCAGCACCAGCAACAACAGCAGCAGCCACAGCCUCAGGUGCUUCCGCCCCAAGAGCAAGACCCGACGACUGCUGUCCUGCAGGCAGCAGCACUGCAGGAUGAGCAGCAUCAGCAGGUGUUGCAGCACAUUGCCACUGCCGCCGCGGAGGCAGGGAGCACACUUGCCACUGUCCCCAUCACAGCAAGCAGCCCUCAACCUCCGGCCAAGGCCGCUGUAGGUUCAGCGGAAUGGCACAAGAUCCGUCGAGACAACCACAAGGAGGUCGAACGUCGGCGUCGGGAGACCAUCAACGACGGCAUCAACGGCCUCGCCAAGAUGGUCCCUAACUGCGACAAGAACAAGGGCUCAAUCCUCAAGGAGGCCGUCAAGUACAUCAAGUCCGUCCUUGUAGAGAACGAGCGUCUGACGGGCGAGAUUGCGGUCGCGACGACGGCAAAGUACGAGAUUGAAAAGUAUUUGAUGGAGAAGAGCGUGGCCGAGGCGACCAUCCACUCGCUCAAUGUCCAGCACGAGCAGCUGAAGAGGGAAUACGAGGAGCUGCGCCAAAAGAUGGACGAGGCAGAAGGAGGCCCCUCGACCAAGAAGCAGCGCACCGAGUGA